AUGGCGAUGCGUGCAAGUUCAGCCGUACGCGGCGCUCUCAGGCCUUCUUCAUGCUUGAGGGACGCAGCAACGUCGGACAGCAACAAGCCCGGCACCUACGCUUCUUCUCACAAGUACACCUACGUCGAAGGUCGAACGCCCUUCUGGCGCAAGUUCAGAGACAUUUUCGCCGUCAACCCCGAGAUCUCUAGCGGUCUGCCCAGACCUGACCUGGUAGGUCGUUGUGCGCUUGCUUUGGUACGAGCAGCGAGUCGCGGUUCUGAUUUCGCACCUCCCCCCCUCGCAUGCUCCUCUAGGUUCGCUACCCAAACCCCGGCUCUCGUCCAGAGAAGGCUGCUCUCACUCCCUCGCGAGCUUCAGGUACGCAUGCGUUCCUCUGCGCAUGCAGCAGUGAUGCGUAUAUGCUAACAGCGUCACCGCUUUGAUCCAAUCUAGACAUUGCUGGCAACAAGUAUCAGGAUAGGGACUUUAGGCGCAUGUACCCCCAGCUCUUCAUGGUGACCCAAAAACAUUUGACGAAUUUGCUGCUCGCAGCUCCCAAUGAGGACGGCACAAAGAGGUGAGCGGGCGCGGUAUUGAGCACGGCACAGCGUGCCGACUGGGAAGGUCACGUUGGCUGGGGAAGCUGCGGCGUACAUGCUUCGCGGGCAAGGCGGCUUACACACUGCCUUGCGACUGGGAGCAGCUUGCCACACCCAUCCUCUCAGAGCACCGCCCUGGUCAAGGCCCCAGAGGACAUCGAUGCACCGUCGGCCUUCACCGAUGUCUUGGCUCAAGUUCACUCUCCCCAGGCUCAAGGCGGACUGCACUACAACAGCCAAAACCUUCCUCCUCGUCCACCUUUCACCGCUCCUCAGCACAUUUUGGUCAAGAACCCGGGCGAUAUCCCACACGAUCCGUGAGUGAUCUCCAACGCACGAUACGAUGCUCCGCUUAGGGUCAAUGUGCUGACUUGCAUCUUGCUCUAUAAUUUCGCAGCCACGCGUUCUUCCCAGCCGAGAACUAUCGCUCUCGCUAG